AGGCUUUCCCGGCUACAAGCGGCUGCAAGACGUCCGCCAUCUUUGAAUUUUGGAGUUUGUGUUGAAAAUCCGUGAAAAUCGCGGAUACUAUCUUCCCAUCACGGAUUCUUUCUAGGAUUUAUGAUGACUUUAAGACAUCUUGGACCUCUUUUGCUUAUCAUUUUAGCAUUCCAAUGUAUAAAGGCCGACGAACAUAACCAUAUUUACAAAGAUGCAGAAGAAGUGGUCCUAUGGAUGAACACUGUUGGCCCAUACCAUAACAGACAAGAGACGUACAAUUUCUAUUCCUUACCCUUCUGCCGAGGAGAGAAGAAAACCAUUAGCCAUUACCAUGAAACCCUUGGAGAAAACAUACAGGGUGUUGAAUUAGAAUUCAGUGGAUUAGAUAUAUCAUAUAAAGUGAAUGUUCCCCCAACCAAGUACUGUGAGCUUAUACUAACACAAGACAAGUAUGAAGCCCUUGUGUAUGCUGUUCGCAACCAUUAUUGGUACCAAAUGUACAUAGAUGAUCUUCCUCUUUGGGGAAUUGUGGGUGAGAUUGGAGAGAAUGGUGAAGAAUAUUAUGUGUGGACACACAAGAAACUGGAGAUUGGUCACAAUGGAAAUAAGAUAGUGGAUGUCAACUUGACCAGUGAAUCAAAAGUCAAAUUAACCCCUAAUGCCAAGAUAGUAUUCACCUAUGAGGUCAGAUGGAAGGAGUCAAACAUUGAAUUUUCCAAGCGAUAUGAAAAGUACCUUGAUCCCAGCUUCUUCCAACAUAGGAUCCAUUGGUUUUCCAUCUUUAACUCCUUCAUGAUGGUAAUCUUCCUGGUGGGUCUGGUCAGUAUGAUUCUGAUGCGAACCUUGAGGAAGGACUACGCGAGAUACAGCAAGGAUGAUGACCUUGAUGAUAUGGAGAGAGAUCUUGGUGAUGAAUAUGGGUGGAAACAAGUCCAUGGUGAUGUAUUCAGGCCUGCAUCACAUCGUCUUUUAUUCUCCAGUCUUAUUGGAACUGGCUACCAUCUGUGUUGUGUUGCCUUUCUUGUGGUGCUUUUCACCAUUAUGGGUGACCUCUACACAGGGCGUGGCUCCAUCCUCAGUGCAGCCAUCUUUGUUUAUGCUGCCUGUGCACCUUUAAAUGGGUACUUUGGAGCAGGCUUAUAUUCAAGACAAGGAGGGAGACAGUGGAUAAGACAGCUGGUGGUUGGUGCACUGCUGUUCCCUAGUUUAGUGUGCUGCACAGCCUUCGUGAUCAACUUUAUUGCCAUUUACUACCAUGCAUCAAGAGCUAUUCCAUUUGGAACAAUGGUUGCUGUGGCGUGCAUUGUAAUGUUUGUAAUUUUACCAUUGAACUUGGUUGGUACUGUCCUGGGCAGAAACUUAGCCGGUGCACCCGAUGCUCCAUGCCGCGUUAACACUGUCCCUCGGCCUAUCCCAGAGAAGAAAUGGUUUAUGGAGCCAGCAAUGAUUGUAUGUUUGGGUGGAGUACUGCCAUUUGGCUCCAUAUUUAUUGAAAUGUAUUUCAUCUUCACAUCCUUUUGGGCCUACAAGAUCUACUAUGUAUUUGGCUUCAUGUUCUUAGUAUUCCUUAUUCUUCUUGCUGUUACUGUUUGUGUCACCAUUGUCUGUACCUAUUUCUUACUCAAUGCUGAAGACUACAGAUGGCAAUGGACUGCAUUCCUUUCAUCGGCAUCCACAGCAGGAUAUGUCUACAUGUAUUCAUUUUACUAUUUCUUUUUUAAGACAAAAAUGUAUGGACUCUUUCAAACUACCUUCUAUUUUGGCUACAUGGCUCUCUUCAGCAUAGGUCUUGGGAUUAUGUGUGGUACCAUGGGCUACGCUGGUGCCAGUAUUUUUGUCAGGAAAAUCUACUCCACCGUCAAAAUUGACUAAAUACAUUCACAAUUACCCUGACUGGUGACUUCAGAUGCAUUGAUGAUAUCCAAUAAAUAUAAGAACUCUGUAUAGAUAUGGUAUUACACACACAUCUUGCCAUGAACUGAGAAGGAAAAAUGGAUACCAGAACACUGUUUGACAUCUCUGGAAAAUUUAAUCCAUAUAAAUAAAAUAUUAGUGUAAAUUUGAUAAUCAAAGAUAUCUAUAAAGUCAGUACCAUAGUUAAGUCAGGCAUCAGCAGUUUGCUAAUAUGGUAUCCACGGGAAUGAAGAUGAAUCCAUGUCAUGUAAUGUAAAAAAUCUGGGCCAGAAUGUUUUUCUCAAUGUCAGUGAAUUUAUCUCUUAAAAGAAAAAUAAAAUAAGAAAAAUAAGUCACUAGAUAGCAGGCGUGUGCAUGUAUUUAGUUAAUUUUAAUCUUAAUGUUGGAACUGUUUUUUGUCUUAUAAUGAGGUUCUUUGAAGAAAAAUACCUGUAAAGAGGCUAACUGCUUUAAUUGUACAGAGAGUUUCCGAGGAAACCAAGUAAAUAGUUCUCACUUUAUUUAAGGAAGUAGACAAUGUAUGACUUGACUUCACAAAAUGUAUUGUGCUAAAGCUUGAGAAGUAGCAAGUUGAAAUUCAUUUGAAAGUACUUUGUGCCUGUAACACUUCUUAAAGUGGAUUUCGUUUGACUGUAAAAUAGAACAGUAAUGGUAAGAAAUCAGCCUUUUCAUAGUUUAAGAAUCGAUUCUACUGCACAUGCGAUUUUAUCCCGAAUUUCUCACCUUUUGUCUAAACCUUCUUUUGUUCUUAAUUAAACAAAAGGUGCGAAAUUCGAGAUAAAAUGGAAUGCACAGUGGAAUCGAUUCUUAAACUAUGAAAAGGCUUAUUCGCAACCUCCUUUGUACCAUUUAGAUAAGUUUCAUGAGAAUAACUGCUGUAUGAGAUUAUUGCUUAUCUUAGCUUAACCAAAAUGCUAAUCAUGGCAUAGUGCCUGAUUUUCACAGUCACUUCAAGUCUGCUCUGUAGAGGCUUUGCACCAUCAUGUGAUGGCAGCCAUGACAGGAGGCAGGAACAACUGAAUCUGAGAAUUCGAAAAGAAUAGACUAUUUUUGUGCCUCCUGUCAUGGCUGCCACCAUCCGAUGAUAAAAAGCCUCAAAAAAUGGUCUUAAUUUAAUAAACUUAAUUUGUGCAUACAUCUAUCUCACAUCAACAAAGCAAGACCAAUAAGCACAUGAUUAAAGACACCAAGACUGCACUCUAUUUACCAUAAAUAAAAUGUUAGACUUUAUUGGUCUUUUUGAUAUUAUUAUUGAUAAUUUUCUUGGAUAUUGGUUGCUCUUGCUAUAGUUCUUACCUAGAAAACCCUGAAAUAUAGUUGCAUUAUUAGUGACUACAGUAGAGUGCAAACAGUUAAUCCGUGAAACACUAAUUACUAAAUAGUACAAAAUAGUGCUAAUUAAACAAURGAAAACAAUGGAAUUUGCAUGUAAUUGUGCUAUUUAGUAUUACCAAAGUUCCACGGUUGUAUUGUUUGCACUCUAACAGUCAAAGUACAACAAGAAAAUAAUGCAAUUAUUGGUGAUUUUUUCACACGAAGGAAAACCAUGUUUGCAUUUAUAUGCUUUGAUUGAGAUAACAGUCACGACAGGGAAAUCAGCCAAUACACUGUGGCAAUCAGAGUAGUUUUUAAUUUAAUCAUGAAUGAAUAAAGUUGAGAAUAAAAUUG